AUGUAUUCCGUCCUGUGCCACACACUUCGAACUGAGCCCUCGAGCCCUCGCCGCCAAUUCGUGCUGAAAGCUGAGGCCGAAUUUGGCGAGCUUCGUUGGACCCUGGACCACCACACUGCGUCAACGCGCUUUGUUCAUUCCCAUUACCAUCGUCUCACACGCUUCUCAUCAGAACAACACCCAUCCCCUCACAUCGCCACAUACCCACUGCGCCGGAUCGGAUCCCCACUCGAAGUCACGGACUACGACACAUCCACCACCGCAUCUCUCCUUCGGUCACAGGUGCCCGCAAUGUACUCGACAUCACCCUCUUCGUCUUCCAUGGCCUCUUCAUCCGGACGAUCCUCACCGGAACAUUCGUCGCAGCAAUCUGCAUCCCAGACGCAGCGCAGCAAUUCGUUUCUGCUUCCCCAAUUCUUCUUCGCCCCUACCAACAACACCAACGCCGCACACAACUCGGAGACCGCGUCGCAUCCUGUCACGAACGCCUUGCUUUCCCAGCCUCCGCGUCGCACCAGCUUCGGCGGAGCAUUCUCCAGCAGCGGUCGUCUCUCUGCCCUUAGUGCCUUUGGCUUCACUUCGGCGUCUCCGACCUUGAGCUCCUCACCUCCUGCCACGCUCGCCGGUGCUGCCGAGCUCUCAAAACGUACCGGCAGCGCUGUUGCGUCGCCUGCAUCCGAAUCGUUGCCUUCGUGGUCCACAAAUCCCCCUGCACAGCAGACGAACAGCAGCGCAUCCACCGCUGCACCCGCCGCGCCACCUGCGAAACGUCACCUGUGCUUCCCUGACGGAAUGGGUGGCACCGUCUGCGUCGAGGUUAAGGACCGCAGUCGUCGCGGAUCCGCGGUCAACUAG